AUGUCUCGUAUUAUUGUUAAGGGUUUACCCGUCUACUUGACAGAUGACAAUCUCAAGGAGCAUUUUACAAAGAGGUUGCGUCAGAAACAUUCCCAUCAAGCAGUUAACGGCAGCGGUCCAGACCUCAUAACCGAUGUUAAAAUUCUUAGAGAUAGGAAUGGGGAGAGUAGAAGGUUUGGAUUUAUUGGAUACCGUAAUGAGGAGGAUGCUUUUGAUGCUGUUGAGUACUUCAAUGGCAGUUUUGUCAACACAUCCAAGAUAGAGGUUUCUAUGGCCAAAAGUUUUGCAGAUCCAAGAGUUCCGCAGCCCAUGAAGGAAAAGAGAAGAGAAGCCUUGAAAAGGUUUAGAGAAAAGGAGGAAAGGUUGCUGCAGGAGGAAAAUCGAAAGAAAAUGAAAUUGGAUGAAAAUAAGCACCGCAACAUUGACGACGAGAUUCGUAAGAACAAGCAAUUGCAAGAGUUCAUGGAGACUAUGAAGCCAAGCUCACAAGUCACAUCAUGGGAAAAGGUGGGUAUUGACAAAAGCAUAGAGGACAAAGAACAAAAAGGGGGAGAAGAGGAGCCCAGCGUGCAGGGGAACUCCCUACUGGCCCAUGCAUUAGCUUUGAAGGGAGAGAACAGUAAAGAGGAGGCACCAAAUUUGAUCAUUGACAAUGAAAGUGACGACGAGUAUUCGGCUCUCAAUUCCAACAGGGAUGAAGAUCAAGGAGAGGCCGAAGAGGAAGAAAAGAUGAUAAGUUUGAGCAAUUUGACAGAUGCCGAUACAGGUCUAGUUAAUGAUGAUACUAAUAAUGACGAGGCAGAAAAUGAGAGCAGGAGAAAUCUUGCCCAAGAUGAAAAGGUUUCUGACUUGGAUUGGUUCAAACAACGUCGUGUAAGAAUCAAAGAAAGUGAAGCGGAAGAAAGAGAAAAGUCAUUAUCAUACAGUACUGAACAAAAUGAAAGUCUCGAUGCCAAGGAAGAGGAACAACCAGAGCCUAUAGUUCAACAAAAGACCGACGAAGAACGGGCCAUUGAAAAAAUCAAUCAAACUGGGCGUCUAUUCUUACGUAAUAUUUUGUACACUUCCAAAGAAGAAGAUUUCAAGAAACUGUUUAGUCCGUUCGGAGAGUUAGAAGAAGUUCAUGUGGCUUUGGAUACCAGGACUGGUCAAUCCAAGGGAUUCGCAUACGUUCUAUUCAAAGAACCUAAGAGUGCAGUGAACGCCUAUGUUGAAUUGGAUAAACAAAUUUUUCAAGGAAGACUAUUACAUAUUCUUCCUGGUGAAGAAAAAAAGAAUCAUAGAUUAGACGAAUUUGAUUUAAAGAAUAUGCCAUUGAAAAAGCAAAAGGAUUUGAAAAGAAAGGCAGCCGCAUCCAGACAAACAUUUUCUUGGAACUCCUUAUAUAUGAACCAAGAUGCUGUUUUGGAUAGUGUGGCAGCCAAAUUGGGUUUAGAAAAAUCUCAAUUGAUCGAUGCUGAAAGCUCAAGUUCAGCUGUUAAACAGGCUUUAGCUGAAGCCCACGUUAUUGGUGACGUUAGAAAAUAUUUUGAAUCUAAAGGUGUUGAUUUGACCAAGUUUUCACAGUUGAAAUCUACAAAUCAAAGAGACGAUAAAGUGAUAUUAGUGAAAAAUUUCCCCUUUGGGACAACUAGAGAAGAACUUGGCGAAAUGUUUUUGCCAUAUGGUAAAUUGGAAAGGUUGCUCAUGCCAUCAGCUGGUACAAUCGCUAUAGUUCAAUUCAGGGACGCAACCUCUGCAAGGGCAGCUUUCACUAAACUAUCAUAUAAGAGAUUUAAGGACGGUAUAAUAUAUUUGGAAAAGGGACCUAAGGAUUGUUUCACUAAGCCGGCUGAGGCCGAUGAUUUGAUAAAUAACACUUCUGCAAGGGAAGAAGAGAAACCGGUAGAGAUAAAACCUUCGUCGAAUGAUUUAAUGGAAACAAACAAGGAUAUAGAUGAGGAGUCAUCAGCUAUACAUGAUGAAGAUGUUAUUGAUGGUCCAACUGUGUCAGUCUUUAUCAAGAAUCUCAACUUUUCCACCACGAACCAAAACCUUACCGAUAGGUUCAAAGCGUUCACUGGAUUUGUUGUUGCCCAGGUGAAGACGAAACCUGAUCCAAAACAUCAAGGCAAGACUUUGUCCAUGGGGUUCGGGUUUGUAGAAUUCAGGACUAAAGAACAGGCUAAUGCCGUAAUAGCCGCAAUGGAUGGCACUGUAAUUGAUGGUCAUAAAAUUCAAUUGAAGUUAUCUCAUAGACAAGCCUCUCAAAACGGUAACAAAAAGGCUAAAUCCAAUAAGAAAAGUGGUAAAAUUAUUGUUAAGAAUCUACCAUUUGAAGCUACUAGAAAGGACGUUUUCGAAUUAUUCAAUUCUUUUGGUCAAUUAAAGUCCGUUAGAGUUCCAAAGAAGUUCGAUAAGUCCGCAAGAGGUUUUGCGUUUGUAGAAUUUUUAUUACCAAAGGAAGCAGAAAAUGCUAUGGAUCAACUUCACGGUGUCCAUUUACUGGGUCGUAGAUUGGUAAUGCAAUAUGCAGAAGAAGAUGCAGUCGACGCGGAAGAAGAAAUAGCGAGGAUGACAAAGAAGGUUAGAAAGCAAGUUGCCACUAAUGAGAUGGCAGCUUUAAGAAAUAGGGGUGGUAGAAAGAAACUAGACAUGGAUGAUGAAGAAAAUGAAGGUUUUUAG